CAGUUUUCAACUCCAACUGCAGAUUAACAAUCCACAACAUCGGGUAACGCAGAGAGACAACGCAACUUGGCCUCUGGAUUCUCCAUCUACCACAGAAGCAAAACAGCUGCAAGAUUUUUUUCCCCCCCUUGUCUUCUGAAGGUCAUCAUACCUGCUUCAGAAUGAAGAUAUUUAAAUGGACUUUGGGUGUGUUGUUGUUCCUACUGCUUUCUAUCGGGCGCUGUACCGAACAAUCAACGCUCAAUAAGACAUCCCAACGGAGGCAUCCUCGUUCAGCAGACAGUGGAGAGGAAGGAAAGAAAUGUGGUUACACCUUCUUGGUCCCUGAACAGAAGAUCACAGGGCCAAUUUGUGUGAAUACUAACGAACCAGGUACUGGUAACAGAAAAGAUGAAGUCACAAGAAUGGACAUAGAGAACUUGAAGGAUGUGCUGUCCAAGCAAAAGCGGGAGAUCGACAUCUUGCAGUUGGUGGUGGAUGUGGAUGGAAACAUCGUGAAUGAAGUAAAGUUACUGAGGAAGGAAAGCCGUAAUAUGAACUCUCGGGUCACUCAACUCUAUAUGCAACUCUUGCAUGAGAUAAUUCGAAAGCGUGAUAACUCUCUUGAACUUUCCCAACUGGAAAACAAAGUCCUUAAUGUUACAACAGAAAUGUUGAAGAUGGCAACAAAAUACAAGGAGCUUGAAGUAAAAUACGCAGCACUGACCGAUCUUGUAAAUAAUCAGUCUGUGAUUAUCUCCCUCCUGGAAGAGCAGUGCUUGAGAAUCUUCUCGCGGCAGGACACCCAUGGGUCUCCACCGCUUGUCCAGGUGGUGCCCCAGCACAUCCCCAACAGUCAGCCAUACACCCCCGUUCUUCUGGGAGGUAACGAGAUACAGCGAGACCCGGGUUACCCUAGAGACAGAGAUGUAAGACCACCGCCUGAUCCAGCUACUUCACCUACAAAGAGUCCUUUCAGAGUACCACCGCUGGCUUUAAUUAACGAAGGUCCAUUCAAAGACUGCCAACAAGCCAAAGAAGCUGGGUAUUCCAACAGCGGGAUUUAUAUGAUCAAGCCUGAAAACAGUAAUGAACCGAUGCAGCUAUGGUGUGAGAACAGCUUGGACCCUGGAGGAUGGGCAGUUAUUCAGAAGAGGACAGAUGGCUCUGUCAACUUUUUCAGGAACUGGGACAGUUACAAGAAAGGAUUUGGAAACAUUGAUGGAGAAUACUGGCUGGGACUAGAAAACAUUUACAUGCUUACCAAUCAGGAUAACUACAGACUACUGAUAGAAUUAGAGGACUGGAGCAAUAAGAAAGUCUAUGCAGAAUACAGCAGUUUCCGCUUGGAGCCCGAAAAUGAGUUCUACAGGCUACGCUUAGGAACAUACCAAGGAAACGCAGGCGAUUCCAUGAUAUGGCACAACGGAAAGCAGUUUACAACACUGGACAGAGACAGGGAUAUGUAUUCAGGAAACUGCGCUCAUUUCCACAAAGGCGGCUGGUGGUACAACGCGUGCGCACAUUCAAAUCUCAAUGGUGUCUGGUACAGAGGUGGCCACUACAGGAGCAAGUAUCAGGAUGGGAUAUUUUGGGCUGAGUACCGGGGAGGUUCCUACUCCUUGAAAGCAGUUCAGAUGAUGAUCAGACCUAUAGACUGA